GCCACACUGCCAAACUCUAGUUUUCUAGAUUUUUUUUUGCAAACAAAAUGGCCAAGUCCCUGUAAUCCGCACUCCAGACACCAGAAGAGUGCCCUUAAAAUGUCCUCGCAGGCAGGAUCAAGUGGCUCGGGAGGCGGUGGAAUCGGCGGAAACUCCGAGGAGACGCGACGCAUCUGGGUGGGCAACCUGGACUCCCGCAUCACCGAGUUUCAACUCCUCAAACUGAUGCAAAAAUGCGGCGCCAUCGAGAAGUUCGACAUGCUGUUCCACAAGGGCGGUCCCAUGGUGGGGCAAUCCCGAGGCUACGCCUUCGUCACCUUCGCGCAGAACGAAGGAGCCACCAAUGCCUUGCUGAAACUGGACGGAACCAGCGUGGGAAACCGCUCGAUAGCCGUGCGCCUGGCCAAGAACAUCAAAUAUGACGACCUGCAGAAGCCCAAGCCGCGUCUGGAGAUACCCGCCUUGGGGACGGGGAAGCGCGAGGAGAAGAUCAGCAAGACGGAGGCCAUUCGCGCCAUCGAGGCCAAGCUGAAGCUGCUGGAGCGGCAGACCGACGACAAUCUCGAGCUGAAUACGGCGGGUGUGGGCGGUGGCAGGGGCGAGGCCAACGUGCCCUUCAUCCAGCGCUACCAGUUCAACAAGGACCGCGACGGAACGCAGCGCUACGGCAAGUCCUCGGCCCCAUAUCAUCGACAGCAGCGGCCCAAGCGGCGCUAGAUCCUCCGACUCCUCUCAGCCACCGUCUCACCCUCAUCACGUAGUGUGUAAAAUCCUUAGUACUUAGGGCGCUACCUCAGCAGACGAGCCUUGCGGCAGGCGUAGUAGUUUACAAUUAAUUUAUUAAAAAAACAAUCAGCCAGAA